CUUUAAGUCAUCAGCAUUGGGCCCUCCCUGAGCUUCCUGAGUUCUGAAGUCUGAGCGACUUCCUCUGAGCACUGGCAGGAAAGAGCCUACUGCACUCACAACCAAAGGCAAAACAGCAGGUCCAGGCUUCUUGCAGCCGACUUCAGAGCCCAUCACCAGGAAAGGUAAGCAUGGGAGGACGGAAGAUGGCAAAAGAUGAAGAAAGUGUCUAUGGGCCAGGGGAGGACAGCCAGGCGCCGCAGGAGCCCACGCUGAGGCUCGUCCUGGUGGGGAGGACGGGGACGGGGAAGAGCGCCACCGGGAACAGCAUCCUGGGCCAGAGACGGUUCGUCUCCAGGCUGGGAGCCACGUCGGUGACCAGAGCCUGCGCCGCCGGGAGCCGGAGGUGGGACAAGUGGCUGGUGCAAGUCGUGGACACUCCGGACCUCUUCAGCGCCGGGAGCCCCGAGGCCGCGCCGGGGCGCGAGGAGCGAGGCCGCUGCUACCUGCUCUCGUUCCCCGGGCCGCACGCGCUGCUGCUGGUGACGCAGCUGGGCCGCUUCACCGCCCAGGACCAGCAGGCCGUGCGGGCGGCCCAGCAUGGUGCCUUCGGCCCCAGCCGCUGGCUGCUCUUUAACUGCAUCUGCUCAGCGUCACCGGUACGGGUGAGCCGCCUCCCCCGCCAGGGGCUGUCCCUGCUGCCACGCACCUUCCCGAGAGGACCAGCCUGCCGGAGCCCCGCUGACCGGGAGGACAGGGCCCGACGGCAGCUCCUGAAGAGAAUGGAAGGGCCCCAGAAGAGCAGAUAUGGAACUAUGGCUGAAGGAAGACACAAACACUUCUCUUUUUGUUUCUUACGUACAUUAGAAGAUAACCAGUUUGCAACAUCACCCUCCUUGAGGAUCAUCCUGGUGGGCAAAACAGGCUGCGGGAAAAGCGCCACUGGGAACAGCAUCCUGCGCCAGCCAGUGUUUGAGUCCAAGCUGGCGGCCCAGCCGGUGACCAGGGCGUGCCAGGCGGAGAUGGGCACAUGGCACGGGAGGAACAUCCUGGUGGUGGAUACACCCUCCAUCUUUGAGGCCCAGGCCCAGGACACGUGCAAGGACAUCGGGGACUGCUACCUGCUCUCGGCCCCGGGGCCCCACGUGCUGCUCCUGGUGACCCAGCUGGGGCGUUUCACGGCCCAGGACACGGCGGCCGUGAGGAGGGUGAAGGAGGUGUUUGGGGCAGGGGCCAUGAGACACGCGGUCAUCCUCUUCACCCACAAGGAGGACCUGGGGGGCGAGCCCCUGAGCGACUACGUGGCGGGCACGGACAACCGCAGCCUGCAGGGGCUGGUGCGGGAGUGCGGGAGGCGGUACUGCGGCUUCAACAACCGGGCGGGCGGCCAGGAGCAGGAGUGGCAGCUGGCGGAGCUCAUGGCCCUGGUGGAGAGGCUGCAGCGGGAGUGCGAGGGCUCCUUCUACACCAACGGCCUCUUCCUCGAGGCCCAGAUGCUCCGGCGACGCAGGGACGGUGCCUGCCACGAAGACCAUGGAGCCUACGGGCAGUACCUGGCCAAGGUGAAGCAGCAGGUGGAGAAGCACAAGCGGGAGCUGAGGGAGGAGGAGAGGAACUGGGUGUGCAAGGCGCUCCUCAGGGUCGAACACUGGGUGGCUUCGAACAUUGUAACAUCUGCCUUCAUUGCCAUAUGUGUCUUGAUUUUUCUUGCCAUUGUAAUUGCCUUAUCUAUUGCUCAUGGAAACUGAGUGUUUUCAGGGGAUUGCUACAAUCUGCCUGUUUUUCUUUUGCAGAGUCAGCAUCUCUAUGUGUAUACAGCACUGUGCAUAAUUUCUUUCUCAGUUUCUCUUUCUUACAUCAAAUGUGCCAUCCACUUCCCUUAAGUGCUUUUACGUAAAUAAAAUCCAGUGGUAAAAAAAAA